CUUGUAUAUCUGUCGCUGAAGGUAGAGUCGCAAUAACACAGCCAGCGCACGUCGCUGGCGGGCGAGCUCGCCCCAGCGUCACACGUUCUAUUAGUCGCAAAAUGGUUUUAAUCAGCAGCAAGAAAUAUGCAUGUGAAACCUGUAUAAAAGGCCACCGUUCAUCUGCAUGCAAACACACCGAUCGUCCAUUGUUCGAGAUUAAAAAGAAAGGCAGACCAGUAACACAGUGCGAGCACUGUCGAGAAUUACGAAAGAGAAAACAAGUUCACGUUAAAUGCAUAUGUAUGACCAAGGAGGACGCUGGAGUGCCUACAUCGAGCACCGCAAAGAAGGGUCUCAGCAAGACGCUGGAAACUGCCGCGUUUCCAAAUGGGUUACCCGAAGUCCUCGAGGCGUCCGUGAUACAUCAAGCACCUUCGGAUGGAGUAUCGUCUGAUUCAGACCACAGUGGCGAUAGCUGCGCCUGUGCGUCUGGUGCUGUCUCCGUCGAUGAGCUUUGUGCUUGCGCGACGCCUCGGAAGAGCGCUCCCCGGAGACGUCCCAAGGUCGACACUGAAACACGAGCAUCAACAUCACCCCAUCCUCCAGAAACCCCGUCCAUUAACUCCUCCCACAUUCUUGCACGGAUCGCUGAAUUGCGACCUGUUCUCCCGAAGCCACCCGCUAUCAACGGCCCUGUCCAUGUUCCCUCAGCUGGUAUCAAUCAUGUCUCGGCUAUCCGCCAUCAUGGUCAUGACACUUCUUUCAGCCCGUAUGGACGAGCCUAUGGACAAGUACAUAUGUCGUCUAGACCCAGCUCUCCGCUGGCUAAUGACAUGUAUAGUGCUAUUCCGUCCAGCUCCAACGUCCCAAUCAAUCAGACUCAAGCAUUCAAUAACGUUCUAUGGUCGCAAUCACAGAACGCAGAAACCGCUAUGGAAUUCCCUAUGUCUUCCAUGUGCGGGUGUGGUGACAACUGCGGUUGUCCAGGUUGUAGCCAGCACGAUCCGUCAGGAGAUCGUGCCGCAUACAACUUCUUCUCCUGCUCCAAUCCCAGUGCUUGUGGAGCUUGCCUCGACUGUCUUGUGCAGUCCUUGCCUUCGUUUCCACAAGCAUCUCCCACGGAAACCCAAGAUCCGACUAGUACACUCGACGAAUGGAUGCGCCAAUUCAACGCAGGAACAUCAUUCGACGAGAUGGCUCAAUCUGUGCCUUGGAUGACCCAAGACCGGCCCAGGCUCUGUCCAAUUGACAAUGGCUGCCUGCCGGGGUCCUGUCAGUGUGAUAUGGCCAGGGAUGGAAGCAGUGCCGCGCUCACCACGACGUGCGAGAAGGGCUGCAGGCGAAAAGAGUUGUCGAACGGAUUACCGUCGUUGUUCGAUUAUCCCCCACCAGCUAUGCCUCUAGGUUUUGGCACGCAAGUCCAAGGUGAUGGGUCCUUGACGUUGCCAGGGCUAGCUCGGAGUCGUUCUUCUUCGAUGUCUUCCCGUUCAAGUUCUCCGGGUGGUGCGUCACCUGGAGGGCGGAUAUCAUGUUGUGGUGGUUUGUCGGGGAGGAGAUCCUCCCCAGAUGUGGGCACUGGGCAGUAAUCCAGAUGUCGACGUUCCUUGGUUCAGUGAUAUGUGAAUUUAUUAGUUUGGACUUUCAACUUUUUGUUUUUUCUUCGUUCCGUUUACUUCCUCCAUCAUCUCGUUAUUAUUUGUCUUCCUUUCGCAUUACGGUUGUUGCCCUUGAAAUG